AUGCCGACAUCGUCGAAACGAAUUCCGCGUUCGGUGUCGGCGCCGGUAUUCCGGAAGACGUCAAGACGCCUGGUCAAUGUGCUUCUGUUUAAACUUCGUGAUAUGCGUAUCGCUACAAGAGGAUUGUAUCCCCCUCUACCACCUCCUCCUCCUCAUCAUCGCAACCCCAGUCUCGACGACUAUCGGAACAGCUACAUUCUACUAAAGACCAUUCCUGGAUCGCAUUUUGACGCUUUAAAAUGGGGUCCGAUGAUG